UGUGAAUACACCACUCGAGGAAUCCUUUUAUUAUCAAGUUCUGAUUGAUAGUGACGAUUGGAACGAAAUGCAUUUUCCCUAUAACUUGACUACAUGCCUCAAUUCUAUUGGAAAUAUGGAACAAAAAAAUAAAACAGAAUAUAACGGAAUGGAUAUAGUUGCACAUGAUGAAAUUCGGCCUUAUUCAAAUUUACAAAAUUUGACUGAUGAAACGCCACCUAUCAAAAAUGAACAUAUUUAUCAAUGCUUUCCUACGCCAAAUUUGUUAGAGGAAGGUUAUGAAACGGAAACAUUUCAACAAGGAUUGGAAUUUAAUCAAUUACUUCCCCAAGCUGUCUACAAACAUUUGACAGAUUUAAAUGAAGUACAAGUUAUUCCUUUUUAUUUGGGAAUUAAUGGAAGAGGAGAUGGACAGAAUUUCCAUCUUUGGCGUUGUCUUUUUCGAAUAAGAAAUUUGGGGAAGAAAGUGGUUAAACUUCAAGAUAUAAAAUUGGAUACAUCUACUUUAGAUGGUUAUUAUACAAGUUUGGAAGAAAGUUUAACUGAAAAUUUGGUUUGUUUAAAAAAUUUUUUAUAG